CGCCAUUGCUAUCCCCAGCCGUUUGAAUGCACGUUCCCCCCGAAAUUGAUAGGCAAAAGGAAUUAUGCCCAUGCGCUCCAAUGAUAAGCUUUGGCCUUGACUAAGGCUCAGUCGUCUUAAGAACUCGAUAACAGCAUGGCCGAGGCUUUUCAGCCCGGAUAAGACCCAUAUCAAAACUGAGACAGCGUCCCUGGGGGCUCUUCUUCUUCAGCGGCGGCGUGCUCUAAUAUAAGCUUUCAUACUGCUAGUAUCUUCUUCCAGUUGCUUGCAUAACCUUCUGGCCCUCGUCGUUCUCCCUGUAUCGAUCCAUGGCUGCAGUAUCGACGGAGAAAGAUGCUGGCAGGGAGCAGCCAUCAUCCAUCAUGUCAGCGGAAAAAGGUCAAGUCCUGCCGGUUGGCUUAGAGGAGGACGCACACACCAUUGAGAUCUUGGGCUACAAGCAGGAGCUCCAUCGCAACCGCUCUAUGCUGACCUUGCUCUUUCAAUCUCUAGCCAUUGCUGCUAUUCCUUAUGGUGAGGGUGGGCCUCUGAUCAGCGCGAUAUAUGGUGGAGGACCCUUGUCCAUCUUUGUGGGCUGGCUUGUGGUCUUGGUUUUGAAUGAAUGCAUUGCCUUAUCUUUGGGAGAACUUGCCAGCAAAUACCCAACCAGUGCUGGACCAUAUUACUGGUCCUUUCAAAUCGCAAAGACGUCCAAAGUUGUUAUGUCUUUCAUAACCGGUUGGGUCUGGCUCGUUGGAAACUGGACUAUAACGCUUUCCGUCAAUUUCGGUUUCGCCUCGCUCAUCUCCGCGACCAUUUCGAUGUACCAUGAGGAUUACGUUGCUAAGGCAUGGCAUCUUCUGCUCAUGUUCUAUGCAGUGACGCUUCUCACCAUGAUCAUUUGCAUGUUCGGUAACAAAUUUUUGCCGCAAGUGGACACGAUUUGUGCUGGCUUCACGGCCCUUUCCAUCUUCGUCAUUCUUAUUGCUCUGUCGGUCAAAGCCGAGGCAGGUCGACAUAGUGCGGGAUAUGCACUAGGGCAUUAUGACCAGUCAUUUUCAGGAUGGGGUGGUUUCACUUUCUUCAUUGGUCUACUUCCUGCAGCCUACACCUUUUCGGCCAUAGGCAUGAUAUCUUCUAUGGCCGAGGAGUGCGAUCAUCCUGCUACGAAGGUUCCGACAGCCAUAAGUCUUUGCGUCCCAGUUGGUGGCUUUUUUGGAAUCUUUUUUAUCCUCCCAAUUUGCUUUACUCUACCACCUCUAGAGGAUAUUAUCGCGGCACCAGCAGGUCAGGCACUCCCGUACAUAUUCCACGUUGUAAUGGGAUCGCCGGGCGGUGGCUUAGGCCUCACGUUUCUUGUCCUGGUCAUUACUCUAUUUUGCUCCAUAAGCAUUACAACGGCGGCUUCUCGUUGCACCUGGGCCUUCGCUCGUGACGAUGCGAUCCCAGGCGCGAAGAUAUUUUCUCAGGUUAACACCACCCUCGGAGUACCUGUCAAUGCGAUCAUUCUCACUACUAUCGUUCAAAUGCUCCUCGGCCUUAUUAACCUUGGCAGCACUUCGGCCUUCACAGCAUUUGUUUCUGUGGGUGUACAGGCAUUAGCUGUGUCUUAUGCGAUUCCCAUUGGCAUUUCACUGUUCACUGGUCGCAAGGACGUUUCGACAGCAAAGUGGAGGAUGCCCAAAAUCGUAGGGCCUAUUGUCAACGUCGUUGCUCUUCUUUGGAUUGCCUUUGAGGUUGUUCUGUUCAGCAUGCCAACUGCUUUACCUGUGACUGAAGUAACAAUGAACUAUGCUUCAGUCGUGCUUGUCGGUUUUAUGGCUAUCGCUGGUGUUUGGUAUUUCGCAUAUGCACGAAAAGUCUACGACGGACCACCUGAGUCCGACGGCCUUGCAGCGUGACCAAGGCGAUUCUGUAUCAUCAAUUUAAUUUUGUCUAUUUUUUGUUUUUUGGAGAAGAUUGAUCUGAUACAUGCUAUGAUCUAUUCUGAAUUGUGUCAAGGCAAACGGCCCGUCGCAAAGCAAAACGCAAUUUCUAAAUAGGAGAUUCAAGGUCGUAGUGAAUCAAUAUUUUCCGGAUCUUUCUUCAGCCUUUAGUCGCAAAUACGCAGGGC